AAAGACAAUGCUCCUAAAUGUCAAACACGGGUUCUCGGGAUCCCCCAUCAGUUCGGCGCAGUCUUGAGCGCUUGAGCUGCUUCGUAUCGAUCACGCAGGUUCAUGCUGCACACAGACCACUUGUCCGCAGCCACGCCAGCGUGCCGUAAAACUUGGUCUCGGCGCGAGACUGGGGUCUGUGGCCAUGAUGACUGACUCACGUGAACCAGAUAGUUUACCCACUUCUCUUCAAGUGCAACAGAUUGGGAAGGAAAAGCCACGACUGGAAGCCCGCUGGUUCUAUGCCUGGAAAAAACGCUGGGCGGUCUUUUCGGACGAGGACAACGCCGCUUUGGAAAGAAAAUGGGUCGAGCUUGGAGGAGAGCAGAUAGAAUGCCGCACAGACGAAGCACUUGCUGACGAAUCGAAUGAUGGAGACAAUACGAGCCGCAAGGGUGGGCAAGGGGAUAGCGGAGAACACCUGGAGAAGACAAAACGAAUGUUAUUACCACGCUCUCCUCCUUCGGGCAUUGACGCGGUUGAAAGUGCCAUGCAGAACUUGCAGCCUUCUGGAAACAAGUCCGAGAAUGAACGUGGAUCAGAAGCGAAGAACAGGAGCAAACAAUCCAUACGCCCUUCCAAAAUCAUGGUCAACCGAACCCUUGAUCCUAUCCUGUCUCCUUCUCACCCAGCCCGACGAACGACAGUCGCGGUCCUCGAGGACCGUCUUUUCGAUGCAGAUUUGUCAACCAUGACAAUGUAUCCAGUUUUCUUCAAGGGCAUGCUGGUACAGAUCAUGCGCGCCACGUACUUCUACUCAAGCAUGGCGGACGGCAGCUACGCACCGAUCGGCUAUGAUGAGGAGCUCGCUACAGACUUGGAGAUGUCUUAUGACCAAGUCAAGCCGUGGACCUUCGACAGGACACAGGCGAAUGGGGAAGUUCAAAACAAUAACCAAGUAGAGCUACCGUGUAUGGCAAAACAAGCAGGUACGGUUCAUUGGGAAAGUGCAACAAGUGCAAAGCUCUUCUCUGUCGAUUUUGGCGGUCGCUUCCUCUCCAUUCUCGGUGGUUCGAAAGUGAUACGUGGUUUCCGAGAGGCUGACCGCAUCGCCCGGGAAAGGUCUUCGGGCACCCUGAUUGAACACGUACAAACCAUACUUCCAUGGUUCGCUGGCGACUCAGACUCAGAUUCUGACUCUGAUUUGGACUCGGACUCCUACAAUGGCGCGAAGGGGGGUCGAGCGGAGGCCACACAGGCGAGAAAGAAGCAUGGGGAUACGAGCGCCGCAAAAGGGAGAAAGGGAAAGCUCGGGGCGUCUUGUUUGCCGAAGCACAGCGCAAGUGAACCAGGGGAAGAUGAAGAUCAAGGCGGCUCGAGCAAUGAAGGGUCAUCUUUUGCGGCACGCCUGUGGCCAUCCAGCGAAAACAGCAUCUGGCUCUUGCCUGUCAAUGGCAUCCGCAAGAUUUUUGGAGCUUCCAACGAAGAGUUGCAAAAGCCAUGGCACGAUAAGAGCACGGAACAGGUUACGGACGGCGAACCAACCCAAGAUGAGACCUCUCUCCCUGAGCCGCCGUCGGACCGCGCUGGAGAACCACCAGAGCUUGUGCUAUGCAUCCACGGCAUCGGCCAAGAACUCGCAGGCGACUUUGACGGGCUCAACUUUGUUUACGACGUCGAGCGUUUGCGCGGCACCAGCCGUAACCAAGCAGAACGGCCGGAGAUGCGCAAGCUGUCCCGCGGGAGGCGGGUGCAGUUCCUGCCCAUAUGCUGGCGCUCGGGUCUAUCCUUCGACAGGCAAGUCGAAGGCAACGACAAUUUUUUCACGCUCAUGGACGUCUCAAACAACGUGUCGAUUCCGGUCGUUAGAAACGUUAUCUCUAAAGUCCUCCUCGAUGUCCCUUUCUACUUAUCAUCACAUCGCAAGUCGAUGAUCCAGGCAGUCAAGCGCGAGCUCAAUCGUGUCUACCGACUGUUCGUUCAACGGAAUCCAGCGUUCGAGUGCGAGGGUGGACGCGUGAGCUUGAUCUGCCAUUCUCUGGGAAGCGCGUUGGGAAGUGCCAUUUUGUCCGAGCAGCCGACGCAUGUAAAGCUCCUUUCGGAACUCAGCAAAGAGGAGCUCGAGCAGAAUGAGAAUCGGCAUUUGCUGUUUAACGUCAAGCACUGCUUCUUCAUUGGCAGUCCCGUCGGCUUCUUUCUAUACCUCGAUGGGGGGCAGCUGAUUGCACGCAAAGGCAACAACAGGACUGAAGGCAUGGAAGACGAGGCAGUCAGCGACCGAGUUGGACACUAUGGUUGUCUGGCUACAGAAACCCUAUUUAAUAUUUAUCACUCGUCGGAUCCGGUGGGCUAUAAUCUCUCAGCCACAUGCGACGGUACAUACGCAAAAGUCAUCAAGCAAGUCUCGAUUCAAGCUGCCCCCGAGUCGAUACUCGAGUCCUUAUCUUUGCCGCGCCUAAGCAUCUCAAAAAUCUUUGGCGUGGGUGAACACCCUUUCUCGGCCCUGAGGACUUACAGCAAGGAUGUCGAAUCGGGUAAAGUCAACCUUUCACAAGCCGACGCAAGAUCUCAAGAAAAGCACGAAGGUCGACAGAAAGCAAGCUCCGACCCGAAGCAGGCUGCGGACACCUUUAGCCUGAAAGCGUUUGAAAAGGGCGAGAAGCGCUUCAGAGCUCUGAAUCCAUUCGGAUGCAUCGAUUUCGUUCUGGACGGCCAAGGAUUUAGCGAGUAUCUUCAUAUGCUCACCGCGCACACCAGCUAUUGGACGAGCGAGGCUUUCAAUCUUUUGCUGUUGUCGUGCCUGUUCAUGGACCAGCAGCCGGUUUGCACUGUACCCCAAUGGAAGGUGCCCAUCGCCGCCAGCGCAUCCGCAGGUGAGGGGAGAGCUGAUAGAAACGAACCUCAUGAAUCCCAUGGGUUGCAGAAGGAGCCCACGAAGCAAGAUAUUCAGCCUUUCGUGAUCUCACCCUCAUCCGAACAACCCCAGACUCCUUUCACCGACUGCAUCAAUGAAGCAAGUCAAGUGGCUCUGCAGGGCUCACCAGCCCUUCGAGUUUGGGCAGUGGACGUGUCCAGGUGGCUUGCUACGACGCCCGAGGACGAGCUUCCGCGGCUCGCCGAGGAGCUCCUUGCAUCGUCACCUGAAGCUGCUGAGAAGGUCAAGCACUACGUGAAAGCUGUAGACAAGGCGAGGGCACUGGCUGGCCAGUUAUUACCCAGACUCGUCUACAAUCAAUUGUACUCCUGUCGGUGGGGAGAGAUGAAGUUCUCCAAGACGAGAGAGGGCAGGCCGUAUCUGAGCUCACCGAGACUCGAGCACACCACGGACUACAAUGUCACGCACGAUGGCGAUUGGGUCGCCAUAGCCUUUCACGAAAAGUCGCACACUCCAGAUGCUGCUGCCAAGAAGUCGCACAAGCCUGGCCUGCGUGCCCAAUCACUCGCUGAGGCUCGCCUGGGAAUCGACGUUAUGUCGCGCACUCUGCCCCGAUACGAAUCGUCUGUGCGCAAUCUGGUCGAUACAAUGAACAUGACAAUGACGCCAGCAGAGAAGGAUUGGGUGCUCAGUGCUAGCCCAGGCAGCCGAGCUUCAUCACAGAGUAUCCUCUCGCGAGAGCAGCAAAGAGCGCGACCUGUGCCACUUUCGUUUCCUGACGCCGAAAUGCUAGCUCGACAAUUUGACUUGUGGACGCACAAGGAGGCGUUGACAAAGAAUUUCGGCAAUGGUCUUGGGUUCGACUUUGCCAAGAUUCAACUGGCACUCUGGGAAUGCGAAGGAAAGCGGGAAGAGAGGUGUUCCCGACAGACGAUACUGGAAGUGGAAGGUCAGCGUGACGGUUCAUAUCGCUUUAUCGAGAUGGUGCUGCCGCCUGGCGAGGAGAGCGUUAACGGCGAGGCAUGUGGCGUUUCGCAGCUGGUAGUUGCAGAAGGACCUUUGGAGGAAUGUACAGCUCAAGUCCAGCCCGCAUGGACCUCGGAGAACGCGAUCAACCAGGGACUGCUCCGAAUUUGGAGCAUGCAAGACUUGAUAGAUACCGCAUACAAGCAGCAAGUACGCCGAUAGACAUUCGUUUCUAUAGAAUGCAGGAUGUGGACAGAGUGUUGGUGUG